UUAACAGCACUGAGUAGCAAUCCUAAUAAAUAUAACUAAAAAAGUCAAUUUUAGUGCAAUUCACUUGCAAUAAAAACGAGAAUAUAGCUAGAAUUAAGACAGGAGCGCCAUCAAUAAUUGCUCCCUGUAGCAGUUGGGUAAAUAAAAGAGCACAAUAACGUAGCAAACAAGAACAACAGAAAAAUUCUCAAAAUGUCGGAAAUGCAAAUGGACUGUGCUUUGGAUUUGAUGCGACGACUGCCGCCGCAGCAGAUUGAGAAGAACCUCAUUGACCUGAUCGACUUGGCUCCAGAUUUGUGCGAGGAUCUGCUCUCGUCCGUGGAUCAGCCGCUAAAAAUAGCCAAAGAUAAGGAGCAUGGCAAAGACUAUCUGCUGUGCGACUACAAUCGCGAUGGCGACUCGUACCGAUCCCCUUGGUCGAAUUCAUACUACCCCCCACUGGAGGAUGGCCAAAUGCCCUCGGAGCGGCUGCGUAAACUAGAAAUUGAGGCCAAUUAUGCCUUUGAUCAGUAUCGAGAGAUGUACUACGAGGGCGGUGUAUCCUCCGUAUAUCUGUGGGACUUGGAUCAUGGGUUUGCCGCUGUGAUACUCAUCAAGAAGGCUGGUGAUGGUAGCAAAAUGAUUCGUGGCUGCUGGGACUCCAUACACGUGGUGGAGGUGCAGGAGAAGACCACAGGAAGGACUGCCCACUACAAGCUCACCUCCACGGCUAUGCUGUGGCUGCAGACAAACAAGCAGGGAUCGGGCACCAUGAACUUGGGGGGCUCACUGACGCGCCAGACGGAGCAGGACGCCAACGUUAGUGAAUCGUCGCCGCACAUUGCCAAUAUUGGCAAGAUGGUCGAGGAGAUGGAGAACAAAAUACGAAACACACUCAACGAGAUCUACUUUGGCAAGACCAAGGACAUUGUAAAUGGCUUGCGCAGCACACAAUCGCUGGCCGAUCAGCGCCAGCAAGCGGCUAUGAAGCAGGACCUGGCCGCGGCAAUACUGAGGCGCAAUGUGAAGCCCGAAUCAAACUGAGAACUGAGCGGCUGAAGGCGGUAUUAGCACCAGCAUUAGGCGUGGCCCGCCCGUAUUAUGUGGCCCCCUCAUAAUUCAAUUUCAAUAUACAUACACUUAUCCAUAGCCCGAUCUAUACGUUACCUUUUGAAUACUGAUUUAUGAUUGGAUGUAAAAAUAUGUGAAUUAUCCCCCCAUUGCUGUAUACGAGAUAUUACCCGAAUGCUAUACAAACGAACCAUAAUAAUAUUUGGGUAAUAUUUCGUUAUUUAACGACUCUAGUUAAAUUCCCUAAUAAUUACACCCUUUCCACAAGAGAUCGAUCACUAUUUGGGCUGCGUAUACGUUGGGAAGCAGACAGAAGAAAGAAACUUAAAUAUUAAAUACGCAUUUCUAGGCAGUAAAUUUGUUAAAUGAGAGAAAUUGUUAAACCAGAUACAUAUGUAUUAAUGUAAAUUGCCCGCCCGUUUCACACUGUCACAAUACCAAACGUCCUUUACCCCCACCCACGCUCCCAUCCCAUACAUAAUAACAUGGUUGUUGUGCUCCACAGUUUACAGUUCAGCCAAACGCCAACUUCGCCGCCCUCAAGACAGUAUCUAUAAGUAUUUGUAUCUUAUUUGUAUCGAAGUCGCGGCAAAUGAAUUUUUGACUUGGUUCCUUCCCAACAACAUUUUCAUUUGCCAGCGGCCUGUUCUUAACUCUUCCGCGAAUAAAUCAUGUG